UUGUGGGAAUAGUCAACACAAACCAGUGGAAUGACAUUGCAGGCAUGGUGAUAUCACUGAUUUAAAGCUCUGCAAACAUAUUGGUUGAGCAGUCUUUUUCCUUAGAUGACAGAAAAGAGACAAGACUGCACUUCACUCUGAGCCAUGAGAGCAAAGUUGGAGGUCUUAGCCCUGGUCCUGGGCUUCAUCGCCCUGGUUGGGACCAUAGCUGUCACUGCCAUGCCCAUGUGGAGGGUCUCUGCCUUCAUUGGUGCCAAUCUCAUUGUCAUGGAGGAACUCUGGGAGGGCUUGUGGAUGGACUGCUACAGACAGGCCAACAUCAAGAUGCAGUGCAAGGCGUAUGACUCUGUGCUAAUUCUUCCACUCGAGCUGCAGGCGGCCAGGGGGCUCAUGUGCGUGUCCAUAGUCCUGGUUGUCAUCUCCCUGUUCUUCACAGGAUGUGGGACCAAGAAGAGCAAUUUUUGUGACGACAAUAGAAAAGGCAAGAACAUCACUCUGGCCUUAGCGGGGGGUUUCUAUCUGCUUUCCUCUUUGACCACACUCAUCCCUGUCAGCUGGGUGGGCCAUACUGUCAUCAGCAACUUUUACAACCCAAUGGUGCUGGAUUCUGAGAAACGGGAGCUGGGGAAGGCCCUUUUCAUUGGCUGGGCCACUUCUGGUAUUCUGCUGAUCACUGCGGUCAUCCUUCUGUUCAGCUACAGCAAACGUAGCUCAAAGGAGGAAGAGCCCUACACCGAUGCGUAUCUGAUGGCGGAAAGGGAUGUACAGAAAGAGGAUAGCGUGCACCUGGGGAGAACGCCAUCCAGCUUUCAUAAGCAUCAAGAAUAUGUCUAAAGAACUGAACUUUAUUGCCUGAAAUAUGCAAUUUCUACUUUCCAUGUCUCUAAGAUUUGAAAGAUGCUGCCUGAAGAAGGUCAAGAAGAUGCAAAUUAUGUGUAUGUUUUCACUACCUAUUUACACAUUUUAAUCACUCUGUUUAAAUGACUAAUGUACUUGUGUUUUUAUUGCACUAUGAAUGGAUCUCAGGUCCAUUGUUUGUUUUGUCAGCCCAAAUCCUUCACAGUUAAUAUAUUCAGUGUGUUUAACGACACAAUUGUUUUUUGUUGUAAAUGUACUGUUAAGCCACUUUUAUAUGACGGUUUCUCAACUUUAACUUUUAGCUGUGUAGUCUAGACAUGCUCUAUAAGAAGAGUCCUGACAUAACUUCUGUUAUGAUGACACUAUAAAACACACAACAAUAAAAUUGAAUUGACUGCUCAACUGUUCUUAAUCCUUUUGAUUUGGUAAUAGCUAAUGACCCAAGUAGUCACAUCAACUUAGUCAACAGAUAUUUCAAUGAAGGUUUAAUUCUACAUUUGCUUGCAUUUUUCUAGUGUGUCAUUUAAAUAAUUAUACCACACCACAAAAACAUGAACUACAAACUACAACAGCUAGGACUAGAUCCCACGUAGUCUACUGUUUAGUUAUUUUUCUUUUACUAAACGCUUAAUGCAGCUGAACGGUAAAAACUGUACAGAUUAUCUACAAACACUGUUUGCAUGUUUCAGAGGACAGGAAGACUUAAUUUUGGCAGUAAUAAGGUGAGGACUUCUGGCAAAGGGACAAAGCUGUUACAAUGAAACCAAUCCUACUCAAGUUUCUGUGCACAACACCUUUUCAAUCAGCUCAGUUUACAUUUAUUGUCGCCAGUUUGACAUCUGUGAUCCUCCUAUCAGCUUUCUGUUUGAGAGAGACAACAGAUUCUUAACCAACACAAAGUGCAGCCACCACCUACUGUACAAUACAUAAAUGAUGUUUAUCCAAACUAAUGGUUUUAAAUUUCAUACCAAUUAUUUUCAGGAGGCAA